AUUCGAAUUAGGUCCUCAAGUCCAAGUACUUCGACAAGACGAUUGAAAUUCCACCGCCUAAUUUCACCACACCACCCAAGAUGUCGAAACGAAAAGAUAUAUCGAAACAUUCAGACCGAGCCGGAAAUGGCGACGCAUCUGGAGACAGCGACGAAGAUUUCGACAUGUUAGAUGUGGAUUUCGAGUGGUUUGAUCCGCAGCCUGCAGUUGAUUUCCACGGCCUCAAAUCGCUCCUCCGACAACUAUUCGACGCCGACAGUCAGCUCUUCGAGCUGUCCGCUUUGGUCGACCUGAUCCUCAGCCAGCCGACGUUAGGGUCAACCGUGAAGGUGGAUGGGAAUGAAUCAGACCCAUUCGCUUUUCUGAGCGUCAUAAAUCUUCGCCAGCAUGCGUCGAAUCCCGCUGUGCAAACCCUCAUCCAAUAUAUACUCACAAAAGCGGCAUCGCAACCCUCACUAUCGGCCUUGAAGAGCUUACUCGACCCCUCCUCAUCCGCCGAAGUCGGUCUGAUACUUACGGAGCGAUUCAUCAACAUGCCCCACGAAAUCGUCCCACCGAUGUACACCAUGCUCCAAGAAGAGAUCACCUGGGCUAUCGAAGACAAGGAGCCAUACCGAUUUACCCACUACCUCGUUUUCUCCAAGACAUACAUUGAGGUCGCGUCCAAACUCGACGCGGACGACUCUCGACCCGCCAAGAAAAAGAAGGGGCCAAAGGGCGCAAACAGCUCCGGCGGCGGGGUGUUCUACUUCCAUCCAGAAGAUGAGGUGUUGCAGAAGCACGCGAUUGGGUCCGGGUGGUUUGACUAUUCGAAGGCUGAUGACGAGGGCGCGUCGGAUUCGAAACGCGCGUUUCAGGAGAUGGGCGUGAAGCCCAGCGGGCAUUUGAUACUCCUUGAAGCGGACAAGUUUGAACCCGCGGUGAAGGCGAUGGGCGAGUAUCUAAGUCCACAGGCCUAAUAGAUGGCGGUAAAGCUUGGUUUGGUACGGCAUUUGGCGCUUGCUUGCCGCCUGUAUAUAAGGUAUGAUGGCGUUGCAACCUUUUGCAAUCGCCGACUUGGGAGAGCCGCGGCAGAUAUCUCGUGUUACCCACACGCGACCAAUGCAGUUGUUGGUCAAUACGGAUAUCGAGGAAUACCUCAAGAAUUAUUAUGACCGUACAGGUAUCGUCUGGUGUAUUACUGUCACGAUUCGAUCGUCUAAUAUGGCUACCUAAUAGUGAAUCAUAGCUACGUCAUAGCAGAAUUCCAUAUAGGAUGUUCAAAGAACUCAUA